CAAGAAGCUUCACUUGAUUUUUUGUCAAUUGCGUUUUAAAUGACGAAAAUACCCUUGGAGGGUCCUAUAAAGUGACCGUCUUUAACUCUAUCAUCUUCAAACUUCACACACAGAACAAUCACAAUGGCUUUCCAUCAAGAGUUAGAAGCAAUAACCCAAGCUUUCUCAGGGCAUGGAGUGGAUGAGAAAUCGUUGGUAACAUUACUGGGAAAAUGGGAUCAUCUGGAGAGAGAAUCUUUCAGGAAGAAGACACCACAUUUGUUCACAGAGGAUCAUGAACGCCAUUUUCAGAGGUGGGAUGAUCACCAUGUUCGUCUUCUCAAACAUGAAUUCGUGCGUUUUAAGAAUGCUGUGGUGUUGUGGUCCAUGCACCCUUGGGAAAGAGAUGCUCGUUUAGUAAGAGAGGCCCUAAAGAAGGGCCAAAAUGCAUAUGGAGUUUUGGUUGAGGUUGCAUGCACUAGAUCCUCAGAUGAGCUAUUAGGAGCUAGGAAGGCCUAUCACUCCCUCUUUGACCAUUCCAUCGAAGAAGAUGUUGCCUCUCACAUCCAUGGCACCGAAAGAAAGCUAUUGAUUUCUCUACUAAGUGCCUAUAGAUAUGAAGGAUCCAAGGUUAAGGAUGACACUGCAAAAUCUGAGGCUAAAAUCCUCUCCAAUGCAAUCAAGAAUGCUCAUAAGAAACCUAUUAAUGAGGAUGAUGAAGUGAUAAGGAUAUUGGCAACAAGAAGCAAGCUACAUCUUCAGACAGUUUAUAAGCACUACAAAGAGAUUUCUGGAAAAAACCUUGAUGAGGAUCUUGAUGAUUUAAGACUUAAAGAGACUGUGCAAUGCUUUUGCAUCCCACAAAUAUACUUCAGCAAGGUUUUGAAUGCAGCAUUGAGAAUUGAUGUGGAUAAGAAUACUAAGAAAUCUCUUACUCGUGUGAUUGUUACUAGAGCUGACAUUGAUAUGAAGGAAAUAAAAACACAGUACCAAAACCUUUAUGGAGUUUCUUUGCCUCAGAAAGUUGAAGAGGUUGCUAGAGGAAACUACAAGGAUUUCUUGCUAAACUUGAUUGUCAGAGGAGGCUGAAUGAAGAAGUUAAGAGGAGAAGAAAACCUUGGAAGAUGAAAUUGGUUUUGAUUUCUAUACCAUGUAUUGUUUUUUCCUCCCAAUUUUCCUUUGCUUGUUGCUGCUCAUUUUCACUGCAUGAUGCUUCUUCAUCUUGUGUUAUUAUUAUUGUCACAUGAGAAAAAAGUGAAAGGUGUAAUCAAAUAAAAUCAUCAUGGUAUUUCUUCCAAGACAAAUAUCCUUUUUC